UCGCUUAAAUAAUAAAUAAAAAAUGUGGUUUAUAAUAAUUUGUCUGACAAUAUUCAUAAUAAAAAUCGUGCACGACUGGCAACGACCAAGAAAGUUUCCGCCAGGACCUCGCGGCCUGCCGAUCGUGGGAAAUAUAUUGGACUUGAAACGUCUGGUCGACAAGAUGAAAUUUUAUAGUCAUGCUUGGUGUCAUUUAGCCGACAUUUACGGAUCCAUCGUCGGCUUAAAGCUCGGCAUAUCUGAGCCGCUGAUCAUCGUUUCCGGUAGGGAUGCUGUGAUCGAAAUGAUGAGUCGACCUGAGUUCGACGGUAGGCCUAAUGGAUUCAUACAUAGACAUCGAACAGGGGGUAAGCGAAGAGGUGUGAUAUUUACCGAUGGCGAUAUCUGGCGAGAUCAAAAAAGAUUUAUUCUGAAAACAUUAAAAGAAUUUGGAUAUGGAAAAAUUGCGAUGGAGGAUAUAAUAUUAAACGACGCCGUUUCCUUAACGAGCAUAAUAGAAUCGUCGGCUAAAUCUGGACCCCUUACGAAUUUAUACGAUAUCACCUCAAUAGCUGUUCUCAACAGUUUAUGGACAUUAGUCGCUGGAACAAGAUUUGACUUAGAGAAAAAAAAUUCGAAAUUAAUGGAAAUUUUAUCAAUAAUAAAUGAUAUUGUCAGAAACAUUAAUGUCACUGGAGGCAUAUUGACUCAUUUACCUUUUUUGAGACAUAUUAGCCCAGGAUUGACUGGAUUUACCGCACUAAAUCAAAGACAAAUACGAGUGUUCCAAUUCUUUAAGAACGAAGUAACGAAACACAAAGCUGAAACACACGGAGAACUCAGAAACUUUAUUGACGUUUAUCUAGCGGAAAUAAAGAAACAAUCAAAUUCAACUGUAUCGUAUUUUGAUGAGGAACAAUUAAUUAGCGUCGUGAAAGACCUCUUUACUGCCGGUGUAGAAACGACGAAUAACACAAUUGGCUUCAUAAUUACGUAUCUUGUAGUGAAACAAGAUGUACAAAGAAAGGUACAUGAGGAAAUUGAUAGAGUGCUAGGCAAGGAAGUCUUACCUCGCAUCGCGGACAAAAAUCGACUGCCAUAUUUAAAUGCAACAAUAGCGGAAGUGUCAAGACUAGCAAAUGUGGGUCCCACCUCAGUCGCUCAUCGAGCAACGACUGACACUGUUUUACUGGGUUAUGAAAUAAAAAAAAAUUAUACUCUGUUGGCUAACUUAAGAAGCGUCCAUUUGGACGAGAAACAUUGGGGUGAUCCUAAAAAGUUUCGACCUGAAAGAUUUAUUAACGACAAAGGAGAAUAUGUUGAAGAUCCAUGGUUAAUGCAGUUUGGCUUUGGUCGUAGAAAGUGUUUGGGCGAGACCUUGGCGAAAAACAAUAUAUUUCUGUUCACUGCGUGUCUGCUACAGAAAUUUCAGUUUGUGUUGCCGCCAAAACAUUCUAAUCCUGAAUUAGAUGGUAUUGAUGGCUUUACGAUCGCGCCACCUGAUAUAAGUAUUAUUGCUGUCAAAAGAGCAUAACUGCUUCGUUGUUGUAUAAGCGACAUACAAAAUAAUGUUAUAUUUGUACAAUAAUAACAUUGACAAAAAGAUAAUCAUAAUCUUAUAAUUAUCUUUCUCUCUCUCUUUCUCUCAUCUCUCUCUCUCAAAUAAAAUAGAAUUCGAUAAGUUUUCAGAAAAAUUGUAAAAAUUAGUCAUCAUAUCUUUACAAUGGCGAUGACCUUUAUUUCGUUUUUAAAUACAAGUUUCUGUCUCAAGUAAUAUUAUAAUAGAAGAUUCUAUUUACACUUGAUAUACAAUUAACACACUUUCUAUUCACAAGAAAUGCUUACAAGAAAUCUCUUUCUACGUCUCCAUGAUAUCCAUGGGAACGUUGAUAGAUUUUCGUCAUUGGUCACAAAUUGUACGUUUGGCAUUAUUUCACACACAAAAAAUAAACAAAUUAAAUAAUCCAUAAACUGUUUUCUUUAGCACAUCGCUGUUAUAUCAAACGUGAUAAAUAAUGGAAGACAACAGAGUCUAUAAAAAUCUUAUUGAUAAAUUAAUAUUGCCUUUGCAACAGCAUAAUUAAUUAAUGUCGCUUUUAUAAUUUAAUAUUUUAAAUCAUAAAGUAAAUUGAUCACGCGCGCAUGCUGAAACACUUUUUCAGAGAUUAUUGGCCUCGAGAAGACGAUUAGUUGAUCCAAAAUUUAAAGUUUCGAACAUUUUUUCGCAGUAAAGAAAAUAUAUAUAUUCGUAUAUACAAUCAGAAAAUACGUGACUGACAUAGACAUCAGUUUCGGUUCAUAUAUUAACAUAAUAUGAAAGAAUGUGUACUUUCUAUGCCAGAUUAAUGUUCGUAAAGUUGAAACAAAGUGUCCUUUAUAGGCGGACACAUUAUGAUAGAUGUGUAGAAUCAUUGUACGACAUGAUAGAAAUAGAUGAAUUCUAUUUACACUAAGAACUUGGAGAUUCGUAUGGUCCACAUAGAUGUGAUUCUUUUCUAAAAGCGAUAAUAUCGAAAGUGUAUAUGAUCCAACAAUGAGUAUCAACUAACAAGUCUAAAUGACAAUUUUAUGAUCACGAGGUUCGGUACAAACAUUUACAAGUAUUAAUAAAUUUAUACAAUCAACAACCAAUAACACUAGCAAAAACCAUUAGUCAAAGUGCAAUUAGUGCAAUAUAAAAAUUAAUAAAUUAACAUAACAAAAUAAUAGAAAAUGAAUAUGACAACAAAUCACAAAAUUAAUUUGCAUAAACACAAAUAUAAAUAUAAAUAACUCGUAAACACAAAAUUAUUUCUUUUCGAUGUUAAUACCAAACCACGACGCAAAGAGAGUGAUCUCAUAUAUAUUUAUGUGAUUGUUAACCAUUAACUAUCUUAUGGAAUAAACAUCAACGGAUUCAGAACUUGAACUGCGUCAAAAUUCACACGAGUCUAACAAUAAGUUCGAGUCCAGUUAAAUCUCGAAAAAACGCGAUACAAUAUCUCAAAAAUCUUUGCUAUUAUUUACAUUUCGUAUAGGAGAGCCAUUGACAAUAUCUGAUCCGCACAUCAAGAUCAUUCACAGCCUUGUAAUCAGCUUCAUUGUCGUUUCAAAUUGUU